ACGGGAAGGGGCUCACCAAACCUCCCUGGAAAACACGCGGCAUCAGACUAAUCCAGAGCGCCCUACAGCUCAUCCACCAUUGGUGUGCACGGAAAGUGAAGGAAAGCCGCAGGAAGCAACAAGAGGGAGGGAAGAAUCAGCCGCGGACAGCUCUCCCCCACCCUCCUCUCUCGUCAGCCAACAGUAUUAAUCCCCUCCACCCCCUUCCCUCCCUUGAGGUAAGCACGAGCCGCUCCCAUUGUUCUUCAAGCUCGGCCUCGGCGUAGGGAAGCCUAGGAUAGGCCCUCCUCACCUUCCGCCGCACCACCAAACGCUUCUUGGUGGGGCAAGGAAGGGAUUGCCGGAAAAGCUUCUUGCCUUCCCCCGUUCUCUUCUUCUUUAACUAGCCCUGGCGGUUGCCGCCUAGAGGUUCAGUAGGGCAGAGCAGGUGCCGGGGAGGAGACACAGGUGCUGGGGAGAGGGGCAGGCUUGUGGGGAUCGGGAGGAUGAUGGAGAGGCGGGUCUUGGUUGCCAUUGCGGUUCUUGCGGCGGCGGCGGCGCUGUUUGUUGCGGCGGAGGCCCAGCAGGCGGCGGCGCAGCAGGGCCACCAGACAGAGAGGAUCUCAGGAAGUGCUGGUGACGUGCUGGACGAUGACCCUGUUGGGCGUCUCAAGGUGUUUAUCUAUGAUCUCCCUGGAAAAUACAACAAGAAGCUGCUGAAGAAAGACCCUAGGUGCCUGAACCACAUGUUCGCCGCGGAGAUCUUCAUGCACCGGUUCCUGCUGUCGAGCGCGGUCCGGACUACUAAUCCCGAGGAGGCAGAUUGGUUCUACACACCUGUGUACCCGACAUGCGACCUGACGCCUUCGGGUCUCCCCUUGCCCUUCAAGUCUCCGCGGAUGAUGCGCAGCGCGAUCGAGCUGAUCGCAACGAAAUGGCCUUACUGGAAUAGAUCGGAGGGGGCAGAUCAUUUCUUUGUCACACCACAUGACUUUGGCGCUUGCUUCCAUUAUCAGGAAGAGAAGGCAAUUGGGCGAGGAAUCCUUCCCUUGCUUCAGCGUGCCACGCUGGUUCAGACCUUUGGACAAAAGAACCAUGUCUGCUUGAAGGACGGCUCCAUCACAAUUCCGCCAUUUGCGCCUCCGCAGAAAAUGCAAAAUCACCUUAUUCCCGGAGAGACCCCUCGAUCCAUCUUCGUAUACUUCCGUGGUCUGUUCUACGACACCGGCAAUGAUCCCGAGGGUGGAUACUAUGCGAGAGGUGCUCGUGCAUCUGUCUGGGAGAACUUCAAGAACAACCCGCUGUUCGACAUCUCAACGGAUCACCCACCAACGUACUACGAAGAUAUGCAAAGGUCUGUGUUCUGCCUGUGUCCAUUGGGCUGGGCUCCAUGGAGCCCCAGGCUGGUGGAAGCCGUGGUUUUCGGUUGCAUCCCGGUGAUCAUCGCAGACGACAUCGUCCUGCCCUUCGCCGACGCCAUCCCAUGGGAGGAAAUCGGCGUGUUUGUUCCCGAGGAGGAUGUCCCGAGGCUGGACAGCAUCCUGACAUCCAUACCAACAGAGGACAUACUGAGGAAGCAAAGGCUUCUAGCAAACCCUUCGAUGAAGCAGGCUAUGCUGUUCCCCCAGCCAGCUCAAGCAGGGGAUGCGUUCCAUCAGAUACUCAAUGGGCUUGCUCGCAAGCUUCCGCAUGGCGAAAGCGUCUUCUUGAAGCCCGGCCAGGCCCGUCUGAACUGGACUGCCGGCCCGGUCGGUGACCUGAAGCCUUGGUAGCAUCUCUCGCCUCGCGGUUUGGAGAUGUAAAAAACCGUUUUUGAAAAUAAACAUUUACAGACCUGAUAUACUUUGCGCCUUUUUUAUACUGCCAUGGUUGCACAGUGCUGACCAUAAGUCAAAUGUACAUCUUUUUCUUUACCUUCUUUGCUGAUAGCUAGUAUACCAUAGAGCUUCAUCCUUUUUCUUUUUCUUCUUUUUUUAGUUGAUGAAAAGUGCCAUACAUUGUGCGCUUUGUUCGUUAUAUGUGGAUAUCAUAAUGGAAAUUGCAACAUGUAAA